AUGUCUCAAGGACAUCAAAACGAAGUUUCCGAGCCCAGCCAGCAGGGCAGGUACCCCGAGUUUCCUGGGGUGCCAACGGGCCCUGCGGCGGCAAGCACUGCUCGUCCGGCGCCCCCAGGUCUUGGGGCUUUUCGUCCAGGUAACGACCCUCGAGGAGCUGCUCAGCCCGCUCCUCAACAAGGUCCUGUCCAGCCAUCUACUUUCGGUCCGCAGGCUGUCGCCCCACCGUUUUCACAUGGUCCGAUUGGCACAUAUCCAUUUCCGCAGGGCAUGAUGCAUCAUGAUCAGUUUCCCUGGGGCCCUGUUGCUACUCAUGGUCAUGGCGCCGUCCCACCUUAUUCAACUACUACAGCCUCUGUCCCGCCGUAUCCUCAACAUGGCAUGCCAUUUAUCACAGCUCCAAGCUACCCACAUGGCCCGGCAUAUCAUCAUGGUCUGAUGAAACCCUGCUGCACUCAAUAUCCAUACCAGGCUGGGCCUUAUGCUCAAGCGUCCCUGCCUCAUAACCAGGCUCCCCAGGCUUACAACCCAAGUUUCCAGCCCUACAGACCGAAUGCUCAGACUUACAGCCAAGCUACCCAGUCUUUCAAUAUCCCUGCUCAGUCUUACAAUCAAAAUCCCCAGGCUAUCAACAUUCCCUCUCGUGAUAUCCCACACACGAACAUAGGUGAAAAUAACCAAGGCCAGCUUCCCACAGGACCUCGUUUUGAAGGGUUUGCUGCUAGAGAAAACUCUCGCAACCCUCGCAACUCUCGCAACUCGUUCCCGACUCAGCCGCCUAUGGUAUCUGUCACUGACCAAGGACAAAAUAUCCCCCAAGCACCUGAAAGACCAGCUACUCUGUCUUCACGUCCUCUUAUCCCAACUGUGGAGCCGUUUCAGCCUCGCUCACUGUGUACACCUAGCAACGAGGCCACCCAAAAGUCUGAAGCUGCACCUACUCAGACCCCCAGUCAAUCCAUGACAACAUCUGGACAGCCGACACAUGCUCGGAUGCCGUCUGCUACUCAGGGAGCUCCCACUGAGCCUUCCGAGAGAAACAGCAUUGAAGCCUCGCACCGCCUGAUUCCUACUGUGGCACCUUUUAUGCCCACCCAAGCCCAGACUCAGAUGAUGAACACUGUGCCCGAGAAAGGUGCGACCGCUCAAGUAACCAAGAAAGAGAAUUCUCAGAAAGCACCUGGACUGUCCAUUCAAGAUACGACAGUCAAUCCACUUACCGCACCAGUGGAGCAUUCACGUCAGAAGGAUACUCACAAUGCAAGUGCUAGUUCAGGUCCUCUAAAUGUCCAGCAGGCUACCGGCAUGGCCCAAGUGACCGUGGAAAGCGAAACUAUCCAGCAGACUCCACUCACGCCUGAAAUCCAGCCAGUUCAUCCUGAUAAAACUCCUCCUGCUCCAGCUAAUCAACGCGUCAGACCAGCAAUUUCCAGAUUCCCACGCCCCGGGUCCAUGGAUGAACAAUUUUUACGUGAAUUUCCCCUACUUCCUGCAGCUCCUGAAAUUCGUCCGAGACGUGUGUUACUGCCCUCACUGAUGGAUCCUGACAAUGAUGAGUUGGUAUUUGGUCCUUAUCUAGGACUUGUUCGUCCCUUGCCCCCUUUCAGAGAUCCUCCCGUCCCAAUUCCUACUGCCAGCACUGGAAUUCCCGGGGAAACUCAGGCAGAGAGCCUGAUGCGCGCAGCCAGGGCAGCAGCGGAGCUUUGUCGGGAGGAUGACAUUCUUGCUGGACGAGUGCGAACAGAGAAUCCUGAACACCGUGAAAAAGAGAAACAAACCCCUGAACAGCGGGAGGCGGACCGACAGCACGCUUCGCAGCGUGAGGGUCAGCAUCGCAGCACCACGAACCCCAACUACACUUCGAACGAAGGGGUACCCCCAGAUCCAUUUUUGCCGGAUGCACGUAUCCGGGCUGAAAAUCCAGCAUAUCAGGCAUGGGUAUCAAUAUGGGAGACUGUGAUCCGCAACAUGGCCGGCUAUGCUAAUGGUUAUUCGAACUGCCAGAAGCCUCUCUUGAAGAACAACCGGGGUCUCGGUGAAUUUCGCCUGCCCCGUCACCGGCCUGACUGGCCUGGCCGCGACCAUCCAGUCUGGGGUGUGCCCACUUGGAGACAGGCCGAAACAUGGGGAACGGGUACUGCUCAUCGUGACUUCCUCAACAACUCCUGCGCUGUACCGUUUCCAGAAUCGAUUCCUACGAAUAAUCCUCCAACGUCUCGGUCUCCAUUGCCGCAUACUCUGCUGCCACGAACUCCGCUGCCACGAACUCCUCCGCCUCGGACUCCGUUGCCACGGACCCCGUUGCCCUGGAGUCGAGGCCAAAUUCCCUGGUCUGAUGAAAUAACGCCCGUGGGUGUCUCCUCAAGACCUCCGACUCCUGCUCCAUUCGCCGAAAUCAGAGACCACGAACGGUCAGUUCUCUACGAAGCCAGUGCGGCGCGGACCAGGUAUCAGUCGAAUGAAACAUCGUCUCAGCUAAUUGCUCCGCCGUGGCAUCCGGCACUGCGCGUUGCGACUACGACCUUACGUCCUUCCUCUGAGCUUCCCAUCUCGGCUCGCAUGGGAUUAUCGGGAACGCGUACCCCAAUUGUGUCCUCUCGCCGCACGCCACUCGAUUUGCUUCAGGCAGAAAUCUCCGAUGCCCCGACUCGAACUGCAUCUGCCCACUCGAACCGUUCCAUCGACUCGAACAUGCCCCUACGCAGUGCUGAACACUUUGCUCGUGCUCAAACGUUGUUCACUGAAGGUUCGCGGGCCAUCAAUGAAUCUCCUUCGCCGCUUCCGCCAUGCGAAGAUCCCUAUGACGUUGAGCACUUUGCGAUGAGUUGA